GCGGGGCCGCGGCGCCGCGGCAGCGCCGACAGCAGGAAGCGGCACUCUCCUCCCCGCUCCCCUCCGCUUAGCUUCUCUCCUCUCCUCCUCUCUGCUCACGCCGCUCGUCCCUCCUCCCUGCCGGUGCUGGUGGCGGCUCCUCCUCCCCCUGUGACCUGCUGCCGCAUGUGAAGGAGGAGGAGGGACCGCACGGCGCGGGCCCCACUGUGGCGGCGGCAGGAGGAGGAGCGGGAGCCGGCGUGCGGUGUCCGCCCGCAGCCUCAUCGCUGGGCCCCGCCGGCGCUCCCCAUGCCCGUGUGGUGCUGCCGCUGCUCCCUGGCCGGUCACUUCAGAACUUACAGCAGCACUGAAACUGAAGGACAGCUUUUGAAUUCCUUUGUUCAGUACUUUGGUGAGAGCCUUGGGAGGAAGAUUAAAAGAAUGCCUUUAAUUGAAGAAACUGUUCUGCCUGGGGACUCCCUUGUUACUCUGCCUGUAGUGAUAAUAGGAAAUGGACCUUCAGGAAUUUGCCUUUCUUACCUGCUCUCUGGAUACAGGCCAUAUUUGUCUCCUGAGGCUAUACACCCAAAUCCCAUCCUACAUACAAAAUUAGAAGAAGCUCGACAUCUUUCCAUUGUUGACCAAGAUCUGGAGUACCUGGCAGAAGGCCUGGAAGGACGCUCCUCAAACCCAGUUGCAGUGCUUUUUGAUACCUUGCUUCACCCUGAUGCUGACUUUGGCUAUGACUACCCGCCUGUUCUGCACUGGAAGUUAGAACAACAUAAUUACAUUCCCCACAUAGUGCUUGGAAAAGGACCACCUGGCGGGGCUUGGCAUUCCAUGGAGGGCUCUAUGCUAACCAUCAGUUUUGGAGACUGGAUGGAAUUGCCUGGCCUCAGCUUUAAGGAGUGGGCAGCUAGCAAACGCAGAAAUAUAAAGAGUGAUCGAGUAAUGCCAGAGGAAAUAGCUUGUUAUUAUAAACACUAUGUUAAAGUCAUGGGCCUCCAAAAGAAUUUCAGAGACAAUGUUUACAUAACAUCAGUAUCCAGGCUUUACCGAGAAAAGGAUGAUGAAGGUAGAAGUCACCAAAAUGAAGAUAUUUCAACACAGCAUUUGGAAAUGGAAGAUGGACAGAAAUCACUUACUAAGAGAAACUGGGAAGUCAGAGGUUAUCAGCGAGCAACAGAUGGUUCUCAUGUGCCCUUCUGCCUCUUUGCUGAGAAUGUGGCUCUUGCAACUGGAACCUUUGAUUCUCCUGGCCGACUGCAAGUUGAGGGAGAAGACUUUCCUUUUGUCCUGCAUUCCAUGUCUGACUUUGGAGCUGCAAUCAGCAAAGGAAAGUUACGUGGGAAGGCAGACCCUGUGUUGAUUGUGGGUGCUGGACUAACAGCAGCUGAUGCAGUGCUAUGUGCCUAUAACAACAACAUCCCAGUAGUCCAUGUGUUUCGUAGAAGAGUUACUGAUACAAGCCUAAUUUUCAAACAGUUACCUAAAAAGCUUUACCCUGAAUACCAUAAAGUCUAUCAUAUGAUGUGUACUCAGUCUCAUACCAUGGACUCUAAUCAACAUUCUGCUUACACUAGUUUCCCUGAACACAAUGUACUUUCCUUCAAGCCUGAAAUGAAAUGUGUUCUUCAGAGUGCCUCCGGACUGAAGAAAAUCUUGAAGUUUUCUGUAGCCUUAGUUCUGAUAGGUUCUCACCCAAAUCUUUUCUUUUUAAAGGACCAAGGACAUAGCAUAGGUCAUCACUCCAAUCAGCCCAUCACAUGCAAGGGGAAUCCUAUAGAGAUUGAUCCAUACACUUACGAAUGCACUAAAGAAGCCAACCUCUUCGCUUUAGGGCCUCUGGUGGGAGACAACUUUGUACGGUUUUUAAAAGGAGGUGCUCUGGGCAUUGCACGAUGCUUGGCAAUAAGACAGAAGAAGAAACAUGAAUUGAUUGAAAGUGGGGAUGGAGGAGGUGAUGGGGUACCAUAAAUGAGAUGUUAGAAACUCUCACAUCCGGGAUUUCAGACGUAGUCUUAACAGAAAACUCACUGGCAGCAAAAGUUGAUAGCAGUCACAUUUCUGUUGUAUACAAGUAACCUGCGCUUGUAUUGCUUGGGAAAAGAUGCUGAUAUUACGAUAUUUCACUCUUUAAAAAUACAAAUAUUUCAAAUGAUCUCAACUGGAAUUGCUUCCAGAUAAACAGAAAAUGAGACUAACUUAUCUUGGCCUGCCUGUCUGUCAUCUCUUGCUCAACUAUGAGAGCAGACUUUGUCUGUGAAAGGCAAUGCCUGCCAGAGUGGCUUUACAUUUAAGUGUCAAAUGUGACAAAAAUAGUCUUACCAUGAAAUUUAAGUAACUUCUAGAAGCAGAAAGCUUGUUUAGUACAAAGAGAUUCUUUGUCCCAAAGCAAAUUUGGAGCCUUCUGCUUGAAACAAUGAUUUUGUUUGCCACAGUAAUACUCGGAAUGAGCACUUAGUAAAAUGGUUUCUACUGUAAGAAGGACUUCUGUAAGCAAGAAGUAAUCCUCAACAGUUUAAAAUUAUGCUGGCAAUUGGAAUAAAAGAAUAAGCAUUCCAAUUUAACAAUUUGACCCAAUCCAUUAAUGUUUCUUCACACUAUGCCUAGAGUUGGGUGAGUGCACAAAGACUAACAUGAGAUGUUCCCCUACAGUGAUAUGUACAUUUCUGAGAAUACACAUUAACAUAAACAAUAAAGUACUGAUGUAAGUGCUCUUA